UAUAAACUGAUAGCUGGAACAGAAAAUGUAGUUGCAUUCUUGACAUUAACCAAGGCAAAAUGGUCUGUUACAAAAUGUUGUUCUCAAGGUUUUAUACUUUUGUUGUUUUGUUUCAAAUAUACAAUUUUCAAUUUGUUCUUGCAAAAGAACCAGUUUGUUCAAAAUUUGCUUACGAAGAACAACUUUUAGAGAAAAUGAUAAGGACUGAAAUUAAAGUAGAAACCAUGGCAAACGAAAUUAAGACGACACAGGAGACUGUCAUGGACACUUAAGGCAUCAUUAAGAAAACUGUUCAAGAAUUCACGGACAUGUCUGAAAGCUUGAAGAACAACAUCACGGCACAAAUGUCAGAGAAUACUCAAAUAAUUGAGAAGAAAAUAAAGUUCUUCGAGAAGUUGUAUGAAGCAGUUCGAGUGAAUUUUACGCAUGAAAUUGAAAACCAAAGAAACAGUGUUGUCGCAUUGCAAGGAAAAUAUGAACGACCCACUGUUGCUUUUUGUGUGCAUGGGGUUACAGAUGUUCUCCUGGAUGAAUCAAACGAGGUAAUUGUAUUUAAAAGCAUUAUCACAAACGAAGGAGCUGGAUACGAUAGUUCCACAGGAAUCUUCACAGCCCCUGUUGGGGGUCUGUACCAGUUUGCUGUCCAUCUUUGUACACCAAUAUCUUAUUACACUUAUGUAGGAAUAGUUCAUACAGGAAACGUCAUCGUAAAAGAUUACAUUCAUGGUGUUGGCAAUAAUGCCUUGUGCAGCUCUGUAGGAGGUGUUGUAAGAGUUGAAUCAGGGGAACAAGUUUGGGUCCAGUCACUAUCUACUUCGUCAAACCGCAAACUUAUGGAUGACGGUAAUAGAAUGAACACGUUCUUGGGAAUACUGACUGAUAGCUAGAUGUGUUACACAUAUUUUCAUAAUAGAUUGUAUACAUACUUUUUUAUUGUCAUAUCAGUGAAAAUGGGAAUUUCAGAGGACAAUUUUUCAUUUUUAACACAAUUUAAACGUCAUUUUUAAUAUACAAAUAUAGCAAAACUACUAUGUGAUUAUUGUUAACAAAAACAGGAAAUGUUAUAGUGUUCAUAUAGAUAAUGUUGAACAUGGAUUUACCAUGGGACAAGGAAACAAUUGUUAAACUAAGGUUAACCUCUCGCUCAGAAUAUAAACAUUUCUUUGGAUUUUAAUCCAGAAAUUCGUACACUAUAUAAACGAGUUACUUGACAUAAAUAUUAAAAAAAAAGAAAUAAAGACUAUUUUCGUAAAAUACACUACAUUAAAUUUUUUUCAGGGAAACUGUUACAUAAAGCUAUGCAGGUACGCGCAAUUAACGCAUAAUACAAAUACAUCACGUUAACACCAUGGCCGUUUCAAUUUUUACGUGAUAAACUUCAACUUCAUAAUCAUAUGCGUUGUGCAGCAGUCGCUGUUCAUUUUUAAGGUAUGCUUGAUAUAACUUCUAUGUUGAAUGAUUGCUGAAUCCAUUGUCUUUUUAUAACAACCUCAUACCUCUGCAAAUGCGCGUCACCCAAAUGGCAGGUACUAUUGAACAAAAAAUGCAAAUUUAAAUCUUAUUCACACAUUAGUAUCAAAAUAUAAUAUUAUUUAGGAAAUAUAUAUCAAUUCUGAGUGAAUUGUUGAAUAAUAAGUUCAAAUGCGAAAGAAUAUAAUCACGAAGGCCG